UUGAGAUCUUCUUGUUCAUUCUAACUUGAUGAUUGGUUCUCUCUGCAGAUCCCAUGGACUGUGAGAAUGGCACAGAUGUUGCUGAGUUUGUCCUUCUGGGUUUUUCCUUCCAGCCUGAAGAGCAGCCCUUCUACUUCCUACUCUUUCUGCUGAUGUAUGGGGCAGGGCUUCUGGGCAAUGUCAUGAUGGUCAUUCUCAUCUCUCUGGAUGCCCGACUCCAGACUCCCAUGUACUUCCUGCUGCGUAGCCUCUCCAUGGUGGACAUGGGCUUCAUCUCAGUCACAGUGCCCCAGAUGCUGGCUCACAUCAUCUCCACUUCCAAGACUAUCCCUUUCUACUCCUGUAUGGCUCAGUUCUUCUUCUUCUAUGUUUUUGGUGUGACUGACCUUCUAAUGGUGAGUGUCAUGGCUCUGGAUCGCUAUGUUGCAAUUUGCAAUCCACUACACUAUGCUACGGUAAUGAACCAGAAGGUCUGUGGACACUUGGUAGCCGGCUGCUGGAUUAUUUCUACCCUCCACUCCAUGCUCCAUGCUGGCCUCCUCCUGCGUCUCAGUUACCGUGGAGACAACCACUUGGCCCACUUCUUCUGUGACCAUGACCCUUUGCUACAGCUGUCCUGCUCAGACACCAGCAUCAAUGAAACAGCCAUCUUCUUUGAAGGUGGACUUAUCAUUCUUGGACCCUUUGUCUUCAUUAUCCUCACUUAUGUCCGCAUUGUGGUGGCUGUCAUGAGGUUGUCUUCCUCGGGAAGGCGCAAAGCUUUCUCCACCUGUGGCUCCCAUCUCACUAUGGUGGUGCUCCUGUAUGGGGCCAUCAUUGGUGUCUACUUUCAACCUGCAUCCAGUUACUCAGCUCAGAGAGGAGCAGUCUUUGCUAUCAUGUACACUGUAAUCACCCCAAUGUCCAACCCUUACGUCUACAGUCUAAGGAAUAAAGAUGUGAAAGGGGCCCUUAGACACCUCAUGGGAAAGAGAGUCUUUUCUCAACAACAACAACAACAGUGA